ACACUGGGAGACGUUCCCUAAAAUGGCGGACUGCGCGGGCGCGGGCGGGGCGAGGACGCGGGCGGGGCGUCCGUUCGAGGCGGCCCUCGGCGGCGGCGGGGCGGGGCGGAGGCGCCGACUGCUCGCAUGGCCGCCACGCCGGAACCCGGCGAGCCCGGGAAGGGGAAGCCAUUUAAGCUCCUAGGAAUUUUAGAUGUCGAGAACACACCCUGUGCACGGGAAUCAAUAUUACAUGGUUCGCUGGGAUCUGUUGUGGCUGGCCUUGGACACUUUUUGUUAACGAGUAGAAUCAGAAGAUCAUGCGAUGUUGCAGUAGGAGGAUUUAUCUUGGUAACUUUAGGAUGCUGGUUCCAUUGUAGAUAUAAUUAUGCAAAGCUAAGAAUCCAGGAAAGAGUUGCCAGAGAAGGAAUUAAAAACAAGAUUUUAUAUGAAAGUACCCACCUUGAUCCUGAAAGAAAAACCAACGGGAGCGGCAGCAGCCAUUGAGCAGUCUUGAGCAUAGAAAACCCAGAUAACCACUUCAGUGUGAACUACAGCAACAUUUUAUGUAUCAUGAGAGAGCUUUCAAUCAAGUAAAUAAAGUACUGUGUCAAGUUGU